AUGAAAAAAAACUCAAUGCUAAAAAUUUAUGUUUAUAACUCCAGCUUGUGUCGAAAUGGUGCAUACAACAAUGUAACCAGCAUUGCCACCUCCUUCAACAAGUUUGAUGGAAUAAACAAAAAGUUUCAAAAAUGGUACAACACCAGUGGUGGCACUGGUGGUAGUAGGCGCUUCAGUAGCAGCUUCAACCUUUUUGAUAAAAUAAAAGAUGUAAAUAAAAGUAACUCCAGUGAGGAGGGGAAUGAAGAAAAUGACAUGAAAAAAAGAAAGCCAUCAAAAAAAGUGCUAAAACUUGUUGAUGAAAUUUUGAACCUAACUUUAAUCGAAGCAGCUGACUUAUGUGAUAUAUGCCAAGAAAAAUUAGAUGGAAAUAAACAAUUUAAUAAUUCCUUUUUUGUCAAUAGAAACCCAUUUCCACAUCCGUCUAGCUUUUUUGCUGCAGGGAAUUUCCCUCCACCCAAUGUUAAUAUGAGUAUGAAUGCUGCAUACCCGAUUCAAGGGAAUGCACCAAGUGGCUCUCAAGAAACCACUGCUCAAUCAAGUAAAGCUCAGAAUGAACAAUCAGAAUCAAAAAAGAAGGAAGAGAAAAAAAAUACCAAAACUACAUUUAAUGUUAAGCUCGAGAAGUUUGAUGUAAAAAAUAAAAUUAACACGAUUAAGGAAAUUCGAAAGAUAACAAACGUCGGUUUAAAGGAAGCCAAGGACAUGGUGGAGAGUGCCCCAUUUUACAUACAGAAAAGUGUGCCCGCUGAAAAAGCAGACGAAAUGAAAAAGAGAUUCGAGGAACUAGGUGCGACAAUUAUUUUAGAAUAG